GCGCUUUUGAAGUUAUAUUUACUUCUGGAUAAUAUAAGUUGCCGGUAUUAACAUUUGUUUCAUAUCUGUCUCAUAUAGAAACAAUUAAAUGAACAUUGUUUAAUUCUAUAUUAUAUAAGUACAUGUAUUCAGUAAAUAAAUGUGAUAUUGUAUGUGUGAUGUGAUAAUUCAUAAUUAUAUAUAUGGGUGAAAUCGUUUAAGGAGCAAGUAACUUAUUUCAGUAACGUUGCAUUUCUACAACAAUUUAAACGAAAAUGAGUCUUUGGGUAGAUAAAUAUCGGCCAACAACGCUGGGAAAAUUAGAUUAUCACAAGGAGCAAGCAGAAUAUUUAAAAAAUAUGGUACAGAAAGGAGAUUUUCCACAUUUGUUAGUAUACGGCCCACCCGGUGCAGGAAAAAAGACUCGUAUAUUGUGUGUUUUAAAAGAAUUAUAUGGAAGUGGAGCUGAAAGAUUGAGGAUGGAGACUAUGAAUUUUGAAACACCAUCCAAAAAGAAAUUAGAAAUAACAACAAUAAGCAGCAAUUAUCAUAUAGAAGUGAAUCCUAGUGAUGUAGGUAUAUAUGAUCGAGUAGUUGUCAUGGACUUAGUAAAAACAACUGCUCAGACCCAUCAAAUAGAUUCAAGCGGACAAAGAGACUUUAAAGUGGUACUUUUGACAAAUGUAGAUCAACUCACAAAGGAUGCGCAACAUGCACUUAGAAGAACAAUGGAAAAAUAUGUUGCUACAUGUAGAUUGAUACUUUGUGCGAAUUCAACAUCUAAAGUUUUACCAGCUAUAAAAUCUAGAUGUUUAGGAAUUAGAGUACCAGCUCCAUCGAUAUCAGACAUAAAAAGUAUUUUGCAUUUAGUUUGUAAACGUGAAGGCUUAACUCUGCCAGAUGAACUAGCUGUUAGAUUGGCUGAUGCUAGUGGCAGGAAUCUAAGACGAGCUAUACUGAUGCUUGAAGCUUGUAAAGUUGAACAAUACCCAUUUACUGCAGACCAAAUAAUUACAGAACCAGAUUGGCAAGUAUACAUUAGAAAUACUGCUAACAUGAUGGUCAGUGAACAAAGUCCCAAAAAACUAUUGGAAAUACGAAAUAGACUGUAUGAGCUAUUGACGCAUGCUAUACCAACGGACUUAAUAUUUAAGGGGCUUCUGCAAGAAUGCAUUAAAAAUUGUGAUCUUCAAUUAAAAAUUGAGAUUGCAACGGUUGCAGCAGAAUAUGAACAUAAAAUGCAUAGGGGAUCAAAAGCUAUUUUUCAUUUAGAGGCAUUCGUUGCUCGAUUUAUGGCAAUUUACAAAAAAUUCAUUGAUUCAUCUCUCGAGGGUUUUGUGUGAUAUAUUUAUUGAUAUAUUUAAAUGUACUAAGACUAUAAUUAUUCAAACAUUACAUAGGUUUUUUUAAAUA